AUGGCCAGCCUCCCUCAUCACUACCCGCAACUAUCCCUCCAUCUCGCCGACCGCUCCCUCACCCCGCUCGUCACCUCGUCAUCGCCGUCGUCCUCCUCACCAUCAUCCUCCUCGCGCCACGACGCCCUCGCCAGGCUCGCCUCCUCGGCGCUGGGCGUGCACGAUGCCGCCUCGCGCCUCGGCCUGGGCGCGCCGCAGCGCGUCCUGGUCGAGUACGGUCCCCGCGGCCCGCUGCUGAUCCAGACCUUCCUGGACCCCGCGACGGCCGGCGCCAUCGCCCCCCGGCGCCCCGGCAGGCAGUGGCCGGCCCCAGCGGGCAGCAGCAACAGCGGCGGCAGGCGGGCAGUAAACGGGGAUUACGAUCGCCGUGAUGAUGGCGAUCAGCGGGCAGCCUACGAGACGCCCCACACCGACGACCAGGCCCACGACAAUGAGACCGAGCCCGACGCCUUGCCCCCCGAUGUUCCGCCAAUGCUGCUCGGCGUCAUCAUCGCCCCAAGUCCGGACGAAUAUUCCUCUGCCAGGCGCGCCACGGUCCGCCUGGAACGGAUUGGUCGCCAGAUCCAGGAAAGCUGGGUCGCCGAGGGCGGUCAACCACGACCUUAA